AUGAGUACAAACUCGGAAAUGGAACAUAGCCAUCCUCCACCUCGCAAACGUCCCCGCGUCGGGCAAACGGAUUCGAAGAAAACCUCGACGGAACCGCGUCUUUUCGCUCCCUUCCGCGCUCUUGGUCUCAUCACCAAUCAUCUACCAUUUGUCCUACAGACCCGUUCCUACAAGGGUUCCACGGAAGGCCCGCGGUUACACCUUGUGACAUGCUUAGGCAAGGCGUGGGCGAUGUGGGAAGGAGGAAAGAUGGGUCUUCUAUUUGUGGGUCCCGACGCACCAGAGCCAAUUACCUACAUGGCUAUGGAGGGAAACUCUGUCUGGACGGCCAGCGGUCCUAAUGUAAUCAGGUACAUCAGAGGGAAGGAGACUGGGAGGCUGGUUAACCCAUUAGGAACAACGAUCUCUUUCAUCCUAGUCUUCGGCUCACAGCUGCUCGCACUCACCGAUGACGGAUCAAGGAUGUUGGCAUGGGAUGUUGAGAGCGAAGAACUGCAGGCUACCAUACAAUUUGAUACGAACUUUAUUGCGACAUCUAUCCUGCAUCCCGCGACGUAUCUCAACAAAGUUCUCGUAUCUAGUAGUCAAGGCGAUAUACAGCUUUGGAAUAUCCGCACACAGACGCGGAUACAUACGUUCCCAGUUGCCUCCCUCUUAACAUUACCAACAAACUCGCAGAGUUCCUUGACAAAUCCAAUCUCUGCACUUGUACAGUCCCCUGCCAUCGAUGUGGUCGGAAUCGGGUUUGCUUCCGGAGAGAUAUCGGUUUAUGAUGUGAGGACAGACGAGCGGCUGAUGAGGAUGAAAAUGCAAGAUGGUGCUGUGCGCGCACUGUCUUUUCGGUCAGACGGACAGGCUAUCCUUGCCUCCGCCUCCUCUAUAGGCCACAUUGCAUUGUGGGAUCUGAACGCUGGUGGGCGGCUACUUCACUUAAUGCGCGGUGCACAUGACGGAGCGGUUACCUCCGUGGAGUGGGUCCCCGGCCAACCUCUCCUGAUCAGCUCUGGUGAAGACAACAGCGUGAAACAAUGGGUCUUCGACUCUCCUACUUCCCCGCCCCGUCUUCUCAAAUUCCGAUCGGGCCACCAUGCCCCGCCGCAUCUCAUCAGGUAUUACGGCGAAGACGGGAAGCAAAUCCUGACGGCGUCAAGGGAUCGUAGUCUGCGGUGCACGAGUGUGGUCAGAGAUUCCCGAAGCUUUGAAUUCAGCCAAGGUUCCCUAUCCAAAAAGGCCACAAGCCAAUCUAUACCUGUUGCAUCCCUCAAGCUUCCUCCCAUCAAUGCAGUAUCCUACUCAGCUGCUCGUGCGAGAGACUGGGAUGAUAUUCUUACCGCGCACGCAGAUGAAACCUUCGCACGUACCUGGAGUAUGAAGGAAAAAAAGAUUGGCAAAUAUGCAUUUGGAUUCGGCAAUGGCGGCAAGAAAGGGGCACCAGUCGGCUCAGUGAAGGCUGUUUGCGUCUCGGCGUGUGGUAACUUUGGUCUAGCGUCGUCCUCUACUGGCGCCAUCCACAUGUACAAUAUGCAGUCGGGUAUCCUACGCAAGACGUAUAGUGUUGGACCAUGCCCUCCGGAGGUCACGAGCAAAUUUCGCCCUACCGGCUCGACCAAGAAGAAAUUGGAGGAACGAUGCAUUACAGGGCUGGCAACCGACGCACUUAACGGCUCGGUGGUUGCUAGUACUCUGGACGGGACCGUCAAUUUCUUUGAUUUCCAUACCGCGAAGCUGGAGCAUACACUCGUUCUCCCUUCUUCCGCUGUCUCCAUCACUUUGCAUCGAGAUAGUGGACUUCUCGCAGUGAUCUGUGACGACCUAUUAGUCCGCAUCGUAGACAUUGAAACGCGCCGAGUUGUGCGAGAGUUGGGUGGUUUCCGCGGUCGAGUGCUGGACGUAACGUUCUCUCCUGACUCGCGAUGGCUUGUAACGACUUCAUUAGAUUCAAUCAUUCGGACAUUCGAUAUCCCAACUGGGCGUCUCAUCGAUGCUUUUCGGACAGCGAGUGUGGCAACAAGCGUGACGUUCUCCCCUACAAACGACUUCCUCGCUACCGCUCAUGUGGAUAGUGUUGGAGUGUAUCUAUGGGCAAAUCGGGCGCAAUAUUCCGAGGUGUCCUUCCAGAGUGUCUCGGAUGAAGAUGUGCAAGAUGUCUCUCUACCUUCCAUGCAAGGGGAGGCAGAGGAAGAAGCGCUUGAUGCCCUAUCGUCGCUCACUCUCAAUGGUCAGGAAACUCUGCCUGAUGUGUUCCUCACACAAUCGAACCUCGAUGGCGAUUUGGUCACCUUCUCGCUGCUCCCGCGUUCGAAAUGGCAAACACUGCUGAAUUUCGAGGUGAUCCAGCAACGCAACAAGCCGAAGGAGCCACCGAAGGAGCCCGAGAGGGCGCCAUUCUUCCUGCCCACUCUUCCCGGCUUGGAACCUCGAUUUGCCAUCGAAGAGAAGGAAUCGGACGCAAAUGCCCCGAAGUCAACAAAACGGCUACAGAAAGCCGCUGCUUCCAGCACGAGCGUUUUCUACAAAAAGCUAGCUGCGGAGAAACCCGAGGGUGACUACGAGGAGUUUUUCGCAUAUGCGAAGACAUUGUCACCGGCCGCCCUCGAUCUUGAGUUACACGAGCUAGUCACGUUGGACGCACUCCGAUUGUUCCUAAAGGCAUUGCAUGAUCGGCUGUGCUCACACCGCGACUUUGAGGCUGUACAAACGUUCUUGAAUGUCUUCCUUCGCAUGCACGGGGACGUUCUGAUGGAGAAUGAAGAGCUGCACCAAGAACUCGAGGCGCUGCAGGAGGCACAGCGCAAGGAGAGCGAGAAGUUAGUGGAAUUGCUUGCUUGGUCGUUGGGCACGUUGAGCUUUGUCAGGGACACACUAUGA